CCUUGAAGGAGUCACCGCAGCCUCGCCUGUCCCCCUCCCUGGGUAAACUCAGUCGCUCCUCCCUGCACUGGGCGCCAGUCCACAGUACGCUUCGGUCGGGGGAAGGAGCAGGUUUCUGGGGUGCCGCGUAAUAAUACCGAAGCAACACAGUCACAUGUAAGUUAUCCUGACGGAUGAUUGCCCCCCCCACCCCCCUAUCGUCCUGCAUGAGCACAACUGUUGCGGACUUGUGGAAUAACUCCUUAAUCGCUGACAUGGGCAGCAGAGAAGAAUUCAGCGAUACAGACAGCGGGAUUAUCCUGCAUUCCAUCCCUGAUAGCCCGACACCCCCCAUCAAGGACGUGACCACACACACACGGGCAGUGAAGCUGAAACAGCAGUCCCUGCAGGACCGCUUGGAGCUGUGUCUGCUUGAGUUGAAGAAGCUGUGCAUCCGAGAGGCGGAGUUGACUGGAGAGCUGUCCUCAGACUACCCGCUGUUGCCCGGGGAGAAGCCUCCUCGCAUUCGCAGAAGGAUCGGAGCCGCUUUCAAGUUGGACGAGGAGAGCCUGCGGAAAAAUGGAGAGGACUCAGAGCUGCACGCCCUGGAGGCCGACCUGGCCUUGCAGACGCAGAUCUAUGAGGCGGCCCGUCGGCUUUCCCGGGAGCAGCACCUGAGCAGACAGGUGCGAAGGAGCCGCAUACAGCACUGCAAGCUGCAGGAGAGGAAGAUGAAGGAGCUGCAGGAGUCGCUCUUUCAGCUGCGCCUCAAGAUGGGCCGCAAUUCGCCCCGGCCCCGCUCUGCGCCUGGGCAGAAAGAACUGGCCACCAUUUCAGAUGACAGCUCGUUGUCAGAUGCUGGGGUGCUGGAUGAAGAGGAGGGAGUCACAGAUUCUUCCCACCAGACCAUGGAGCUCCACCCACCCUCAGAGCUCUCGCGCCCUCAGCCCCCGCAGACCCUGGAGGGACUGAAACCGGGCUGUCAUGUGGUCCCCGCCUACGAGCGCUCUCCUAUUCAGAACUCCCCCUGGAAGGAGUCUAGCCUGGACCAGCCCUACGAGAAGGCCAAAAGGUCUCAUUGGUCUAGCAGUAGCCAGUCAUGUAGUUCAGCCAUCAGCGCUCUUUCGAACCCAGUGGAGCCCAGGUUGGGAGAAGCCCCCCUCCCACCCCAGUUCACCCCAGUCAAGAACUUGCCAGUGCCUCAGAUCCAGGUCACUAGCGCCCCCUCGACACCAGAUUUACACCCGCGUCGUCGCCACUCCCUCAGAGCCCCCAGUGCCGUGCCGCCCCACGACUUGGAUCAAGAUCGCAGACGCUCCCCGUUAGCGCACAGGCGGCUCACUGACAGGGGCGACCUAGCCAGGGCAGCUUCCGAGUACCUGGCCUUGAGGGGGACCUCUGGGGGCCCAGUGUACCAGUACAACUCCGAGGACAGCGGCUCGGAGUGUUCGGCUUCCUCCCACACCGGCUCACCCCGCCGUGAGGCCCAGGCAGAGACACUGCAGCCAAACGGGCAUCGCUAUGCCCCCCACACCAGCAGCCCACCACUGGGCUACCCCAGGCAACUGGCUUUCAGUGGGCCUAGCCUCUACAAGACCCAACACCCCCACUCCACCCCGAGCUUCUACCGGGGCUUCGUGGAGGAGAGGAUUGGCUACCCAGCCGAGAUGGAUGUUGCGUAUGUGCCCCACUCAAAUGGGCGCAGCCGCUACGAAUUCUGGCAUGAGUAUGAGGACCCCCCUCAGCAGUGGGUGCUGCAUUCCCGCCCUGCGAAUGCCAGACUGGCACGGACUCCCUCGCUCAGGGAUUAUUCCUCCUACCACUACCACAUGAGCCAUCCCCAGGAGGCUGUAUCAGACGAGCUACGCUUCUGGCACCAGCGGAACCAGAUGCUUGUGCCUCGGCCUCACUCACUGGACCGGCAGGGCGCAGUCCGUAUCAGGACGUAUCAGGGCCGGGAGUCUCCGCUGACCCCAAUGACGCACCAGCUCCCUGAGCAGGUCCCUCAGGCAAGAAUCAUCCACAGACCUUCAGACGGAAGGCCCAUACAGUGGUACAUAGAGGAGGACUCCGAAAUUAUUAGCCAGAUGUAAACGAGGGCUUUCUUUUGGUAUACACAAGACAUUGGACUUUAACUAUGUAUCUAUGGUGCUGAUGCAUGUGCUGACACUGGAAAAAAAAUGGAGAAUUUGGGACUGAAUAUUUAACCAGUUUUUAUAUCAAUUGCUUCCACGGUCAUGUGCCUACAAGUUUACUGUGAAAAUAAACUCUCACUGUAAAUUAGUUGUAGUCAUUAGUCUACCUCUACAAUAUGUUUAUAGCCGCUCAGUUAUGGAAUCGAUCUGUCACCAUACUUUGGGUAUAUAUGUAAUUAGCCAUUGAAUUGGUUGCCAAAAUAGUACACACAUAAUGCCAUGAACUGUUUUUAUGGGGGGAAAUAAAGUUGACUGACAUUAGAUUUAAUGCUAGUAUCUUCCUUCUGCAGGAGAAUUUUCAGGAGCUACAUAUCAGAUUCUGAACUUUCAUCACUUAGAGUAGUUACUUUUCUUGAAUAUUGCUGUAGGCUGAAAUAAAAUUAACUCUGAUGUACUGUUUUAAUGCAUUUUAGUAAAUGCUCCCAUAUUCAAGGUCUUUAGUCUGGGGGAAAAAAAAGUCUUCAUGUUUAAUAAAUGAAACAAAUUCUGGGCAGGCCCAGAUAAAUUAAACCACAGUAUAAUAAACACCAACACAGUAAGGUAUUAGACCUACGUGCUGAACGCCUGUGUAUUAGAAAAAAGCUGCCAGAUUAAAGUAAAACCAAUAAAAUGUCAUGUGAAGAACUUGUGACCCAAGGAAGUAUUAUAUUGCUGUGCUUAAAUGGCCUCAAGACUUCACCGCAGUCUUUUUCCACAAGUCACAUGGCAAAAGAAGCCUUAUCACAAAGUGUCUGUGGUGUCAAAGGGGUCCUGAUUUAGGCUCCUAAUUUACAGAAAAGGUGCUGCAUCUCCUUUGAAGUCAAAUUGUAAAGCCAAGCUGAAUACUACUGAACCUGGCAGGAUUAUGAACCUUUCAGGAGAAUGUCACGUUAUUCUAUAAUCCUUCUCAAACAGAAGAGAAAUUUUGUAUACUUAAGAUUACAGUUUUAUAACAUGCCUUUGAACUCAUGCAAAUACAGUAUUUGAAGAGUAAGGAUUUAACAUCGUAUUGCCCUGUGUUUUGAACUGUAUUCGAGUGAUAAUUUAUAGCUGUAAUUUAUGCAUAUUCAAAAGCUUCUCCUACACCCCCACUAAUGCAUACCCACAGGUGGUAACCAGGCAAACACCAGCUACCAGUCUAUAUGAUCUGCAUGUCUGGGCUCUUCACAGACAUUCCAGGACAGAACAGGGGCAAGAGAAUUAUGCAUAUUUCAUUCAAUCUUUGUUUCUUUUUUUUUGGGGGGGGGGGGGGGGGGGCUGGGGUGUGUUCCCCUUUAAUAUCUCCUUUCAGUAGAUUUAACAUUUUAUCACCUGUAAAGUUGUGCCUGUAAAUAUUGAAAUUACAAUUGUUAUAAAUUUAAUAAUAAUGGUAACCAAGACACAAAAUGACUGACAUACUGGCAUGAUGUUAAUGGUACAGAAUAAAUCAAACCAAAAGGUUGGUGUUGAAACUGA